GUAGACGAUGUCGGCCAUGUGCGGUUGUACCAUCUUAGCGGCGUGUUGGGGAGACUGCAGGCCGCAGAGAGUGAUUCCGUGAUCGAGGAGAAUCAAAGUAACCAACUGACAGCAGUCGUUGGCCUGUACUGGCUGUCGCACCCCACUGAGUUCAGAUCCGGCAAUGAAGAUUGGGGACCGCUGGAUCGGGCAGGCCAAGAACGCGAAUGAAGCCACACCAAGAACGCAACAUCCUAUCCAGGGUCGGCAUGCGGUACUGUACGUUUCUCGCAACGGCACCUUGACCCUCGCGUACCAGAACGAGGCGGGUGCUUGGCACACAACCCUAACCAGUCUGAAUGAAUGGAGCUCCAGCGAUGAACUCCUGACGUAUGCUGCCAUGGGAGAUGAAGCCGGCUAUCUUAUGCUAGUCACCUAUGACCAGCGAUGCCGGUUUCGAAUCUACGGAGUUACCAUCAAUUGGAACACUACGCAGCAGUCCAAGAACAACACUAAUUUCGUCAGCAUAGCGCCCGUCCUCGACAUUCGGCAUCUGACUAUACUGGAUGGAAUCAUGCCUCAGCAGGGCGAUGCAAAGCUGUCGGUGCUCAAGGUGCUGCCAAAGGUGCCGGAUUCUGUGCCCUCGGAGGUACCUAUAGCCACGACUAUCCUCGCGGUAUUUACCUCGGCCACGCUUCAUCAAGCAGCGUUCAGUGUGAUCGCACGCUGGUACCCGGAAGCGGAGGUGCCGGUGCUGCAUGAAUGCUUCUCCAAGACGAAAGGGAACGCCGCGAUAUCUGUCGAGCAGCUCGUCGUGACUCGACUGAAGAGGCAAGAGGACAUCCUGACCGCUCAUCUCCCGAUGACGUGCGAGCUCUACAACCAUGCUACCACUAUGAUCUUUGGCAACAGUGAUGGGACUGCAGAACUGAGAGAGCGCUCGACGUGGACUGCUGCCGCGGCAUUCGGAGACACCAGCAUGGCUUCCAGUCUUUCACAAAGUUCGCUGACGUUUGACAAUGCCACCGCUGCCGCCAGUACACCCGACUGCGCGGUGAAUGCUAAUGGCGGCUUCAUGAUCUACGAGAAACCGAAUGGCCAGCUGGAUACCAGAUACGUGACGCUGCGCUAUGGGUGGCAAACGCUGCAUGACGGCAUCUCCGACACAAAAGCAGUGAUAGAGGCAGCCAUCAUCUGCCUCGCCCGCGAGUUCGCGAUCCUGUGCGGACAGAACGCAGCCAGCGACGAGAUCCUCGCUUUGCUUCCGCCCGACAUCUCGCCCGACCUUCGUGUACUUUUUCUGAAGCAGACUUUCAGAACAAUGUGUCGAGUCUUGGACGUUUCCAUGCUGGAUCAAAGCAGACAGCAGUCAGUGGUGCUGCGUGAAAGUAUCCAUCUCCGGCCACUCAGUGCGCAGAUGGUUCUCGGCACGAAGUCGAGCUCCCAAGGAAGCUGCGCAGAGCGUACCUUCGCCGGUCAGUUCGCUUAUGUCUACCUUAAUAUGCGACUGAUCAGUAUGGCUUUUGCGCAAUCUUUCCAGGCGAGCAAUCGGACUGCGGAGCUGGUGCAUUCACUUGCGGGCCUCGUUAGAUGGACGAACGAUCUGCAGUUCUACAUGGUGGACACUUUGCUAGAGCUGCACCGGCUCGGUAUUGAGACCGGCAGCGAGGAUGUCACGACGAGGCUCAGCAGAACCAUCUCCGAGACCGGCAAUCCAACAUUGCAUCUUCUGCUGUGCGGCUUCCCGCGAGUCUUGCUUCGCAUGCAAAGCGCAAUCUUACCGACCUACUACAAAUGGAUACAGGUCACCCUACAACAAUCUCGCGAAUUGACCAUCGCCCAGCGACAGGACCUGGAGGAUCUGUUUCAGCGAGCGAAAGACAUGCCUUUCCUCGUGAAUCAAUUCUCGGAGCUCGUCACUGACUUCGACGGCGCAGUACGAAACGCGUACCAGGAAGCGGGCACGAACAGCGAGAGGCGGACUGAGCUUGAGAUCAGCAUGAUGACUGAAGGUACAAUACCCGAAGAACUGCAGCCGGCGGUGUCGGCGCUGUUCCAGACUAUCCUGCCGAAAUUGCGCGAGAACACAGACGAAGGGAAACUAUAUUUCUGGGACACGGAAUGGCUCGGCAUCUCGACUGCGGUGCCUGAGAAGCAAUACGACGCCAUCCGGAAGGUACCGCUUACGAGAGGCAUGAAGCUGCGAAGGUGUCGACGCUGUGGGGCUGAGAUGGGGGAUAUUCCUGCGGAUACGAACCGGCAAGGUCCGGAUUGGUUGCGCAAUACGCAGCGGCACUGCUUUUGUCAAGGGGCUUGGUGGCCUCUUGGAUGAUUACGGAUCUGUCGAGUCGCCUCACAAGUAUCUGCCACCCUCGCCUCACAGGUACAGCUGGCUGGUUGGAGAGGUACAAUGGGGAGGUGGACUUCCGAAUCCGGACUCCACCAGCCCAAUGUCUCUGCUCAAAACAGCGAUGCCAGUGGGUUCAACUUCCUGUCAUCGCUCCGGUUGUACUGCCCGGUGAUGAAAACGACCUGCGUGGCGUGUCAGCCUGCACUCACGUCAUUGCGUACGCCAU